CUCUUGUGUUUCCAAAGAAAUUAACGUCAUCGUUUUCCAGCUGGAUCCCCAGCUGACCACCUCUUAUCAGGACUGAGGGAAGCAGUCGGAAACCGCGCUGUAUAAAUGUGCCAGCUUGGAGCCAGUCAGUGAGAACGCUGAGUGUCGCUGACCCAGAGCAACCCGCAACCUCGGUCACAGCGUGAACAACACAACUCACUCGGACUGACCAACCAUGCAGUGGGGCAUCUUCAUCUUGAUCUGCGGCACCCUGUUGCUCUCUCUACCGUGUGCCACGGCGGCCAGAGAUGAGAGAAAUGUCUGCUCACAACCAAAAGAUGAUGGGCCCUGUAAAGCCAUAAACCCUCGCUACUACUACAAUGAUAAAACUCAGAAGUGUGAAGAGUUUAUUUACGGCGGCUGCAUGGGGAAUGAAAAUAACUUUUUAACAAAGGAUGACUGCAUAGCACAUUGUGGAAGAACCAAAAACAAGAGAGAUGUCUGCUCAGAGCCAGCGGAUACUGGGCCCUGCAAAGCGUUUUUCCCUCGCUAUUACUACAAUGUUAAAACACAAAAGUGUGAGAAGUUUAUUUACGGUGGCUGCUUUGGGAAUGAAAAUAAUUUUUUAUCAGAGAGUGACUGCAUAGCACAUUGUGGAAGAACCAACAACAAUGGUGAUGUCUGCUCACAGCCAGUGGAAACAGGGCCCUGUAAAGCCUUAUUCCCUCGCUUUUACUACAAUGUUAAAACUGAGAAGUGUGAAGAGUUUAUAUAUGGUGGCUGCAUGGGCAAUGAAAAUAACUUUUUAUCGAAGUCUGAAUGCAUAUCACAUUGUGGAAGAACUGUUAAGAUUGUCAACAAAUGCCAGUUGCCACCAGAGAGUGGAAUAUGCCGUGCUUUCCUUAGAAGAUAUUUCUACAACAUAACAACAAGAAGGUGUGAGCAGUUUGUGUUUGGGGGAUGCCAUGGCAAUGCUAAUAACUUCAAAGACAUAUCUUCUUGCCAGAUGGAGUGCAAUCCAAUCUCAUUGCUUCCCUCAUUCUGUACUAAACUUAAAGACAGUGGAACCUGCACAGCUGAUAUCCCACGGUUUUACUUCAACCAAGAUACCUACAGUUGUGAGAGAUUCAGCUACACAGGUUGUGGCGGAAACGACAAUAACUUUGUUACUCUUAAAGUCUGCCAAAAGAUUUGUCAACCACGAGUCAGAAAACAAUCGAAGAAGAAAUUUUUUGCUGCACUCAAAUAUAACUAAACCACAUUGAAGAAGAAAACAGUAUUUAAAAAACCUGAAGAUGAUGAUUUAGAUAUCUAUUAUCAUUAUUCUAGUUCAAGGGUUUUCUAUGUGUUUUUUAUAAUUGAAAAAAAAGAGUUGAGACAACUUGCCUCCAAAGUUUCUGAACAAGAAACAAGGAUUACAAUCAACAUCAAAAUCUCCCAGAGCAUCCCAAAAGUAGAGAUUCUUCCAGAUUAUUCUGUUGAUACAUUUAUACAGAUGUCAUUAACUUUGCUUAUGAAUCUUUCCAACAAAGGGCAGGAAAUUAAAGAAAGCUUACGAAUUAUUUACCUGUGGAAAUAUUUGAUGGCCCAAAUUGUCAUUGUGGGGAAAAUUACCAAAUACAUUCAAAUUUACACCAAUUUAAAAUGGAAAAAUUCAAAAGUAGAUCAUUUGCUCAAUUUUCACGCAAAAUGUGCACACCUUUGCCUCAGAUAAUCUCUUAUUGACAUGAACACUCCCUCAGAACCCUUUUUGUCAUCCUCACUCUUCAUUUCAGUGAUUUACUUGAGUUUAAACAAUGUAAACCUUCUGCUUUCUCUAUUCCCCUCACAAUUGUGCCUUACAUUAAAACACUGGCAAGUUAAUUCCUACAUGCAAUGUAAUUGUAGUUAAAUGAUGCUUACCUUCUUUGACCUAUUUCUGAUGGUGACGGGGCACAGGCAAGGCAGAGAAGCAACAUACGUAUAUAUAGGGGUAUAAAAAGGGAGAAUGUAAGCUCUGUUUUCAAAAGAAAAGCUUGGCAAAUCAUUGAUAUUUUGUCAGGUAAUGUAACAUUGUGGCUUUGAAUAAUUAGAUUCAGUUGAAACCUUUUAUAUAAUACUGUUAUGCUUUUCUGAAUGCAAACUAAAUACAUUAACUGAAUAAAUAUUGUGCAUAAUUAUACCUUAAAUAUGGGAAAUAUGAGUGUUGCGUAAAUUCUAAAGGCUUUUCCUUGGUCAGAUAGAUUCUGUAUUUUGUUUUCUCCUGUGAACUCAAAAUACGUUUGCUUUAAAAAUAUUGUACUAAACCCAUAAUAAAAUGAAAACAUGAAAUGCAAA